AUGAGCUUUGGGUUACUCGCAGAAACACAUAAUAAGAAGGAGACAGAGAGAGAGAUACGAGGAGAGCUGGACGACCUCAUGGCAACGGCGCGGCCUCAGCACAGCAGACGGCACAGCAACAGCCUCGUUUCCGAACAGGAAAGGCUAGCGCGGAAGCGAGAGCAGAACCGCAUUGCACAACAGGUGUAUCGCCGUGCCCAGAAAGAGCGCAUCCAGGCGCUGGAGGCGGCCGUGGCCAAGUCAUCGUCAUCUGGCGGCGGUCCUUGGACGCAGUUUGAUGACGUGCCGGGAGACGACCUCUUCUUCAAUGAUGGUCCGGCAGGAACGCCUUCUCUGAGCUCGGCAACACCGACCACCGGGCUCUUCCAGACAUCCCUAGAGCCGAGCUUAAAUCACAGCCUAAGUCAAAGCCUUGGUGAUGGUCAUGUUGGUGGUGCUGGAGAUGUCUUAGGCGAUUAUGUGCAACAUGGCAGCCACACGACGAUGUCCUCAUUCACAUUUGGCCACCACGGCCAGGAGUCUUACGAGCCCGCAUCUGGACCAGAUCUGACGUUUAGAUCUAUACAAGCGGACGAGUUCAGCAUCCUGGAUGCAUCGCCAGCGUCUGACGGCGCAGCAGCAGCGACAAAAUUAACAUCGACAUUGACAUCGACAUCAACAGGUCGUCAUCAGAUGGACGGCCUGACAAUGGGUGCUGCUAGCCAAAAGAAGCCAGGCAUACCUCGGCCGUGUGCCGCAGCUCCAGAGUCGGAGAGUCGACACAGCCGUCGGAGAGCGCUGCACAUCGCUGCCAGCCAUGGCAACACCUGCAUGGUGAAGCUGCUGCUGGGCCGUGCUCGAGCGACCGGAGCCAAUCCCCGGACACUCGACAAAUCUGGCCGCUCGGUGCUGUUCACGGCCGUGGCCACGGGCUGCGAGGCCGCUGUGCAGAUCGUGUUGGACGCCAUGGGUAGCGAGGAUCUUGCAGAGCACAGCUCCAACCCCGGUCCGGGAUCCUGUUCGGACUCCAGCUCUGGACUUACUCAUACUCCUAAAGGAGUUGCGUCAGAUGUGGGCCGGGCGGGUAUCCGGGCCGCCCUCAACGAGCCUGAUGCACAGGGCACACUGCCGUUGCAUCUAGCUGUGGCAUCUGGAUCGGCAUCCAUGGUUCUGCUGCUGUUGAGUAACGGGGCGGAUAUAAACGGUUGGCGUCUGCCCGGCGUCAAGUAUGCUGCAUUGGUCAGGGAUCAAAGAAAGAGUAUGAUGAGGGACAGGAGCAGCAGCAGCUUUGAGCGCGAGGAGAAUCGGCUUCUUGAUAAGGAAAAUGCCGAUGUGGACGGCGAGGAAGACGGCCGGGAGCCGACGGUAAAAGCGCGUCCAUCAAAGAGGAAGUACUGCCUCCGGCCUCUGUUUGUUCUUCUCUGUCUGGCCUUCCUCGCCUGUGGUGUGCUGUUGGGUUAUGUUGCCCAUGACGGUUGGCACUUGUGGCGUGGCUCAAGCAACAACGGUGCCGCAGGAAAAACGUCUGCCAAUGCCGCCUUUGGCAGCGGCUUCGACAAGUUCAUCUACCAGGAGAACGAGUUUGGCGAGCGGUACUGUCCGGACAAGGACCUAACGCUGCGCCGUGAGUGGCGAAAGAUGUCCCGCAUCGAGAAGCGGCAGUUCGUCCAGGCCGUCAAGUGCCUGAAGCACAAACCGUCCAAGACGCGACCGACUGGCAGUCUUUUUGAAGACUUUGCUUUUGUCAGCGGCCAGAUUGGCAUGCGCACUGCCGGAGUGGCCUCUUUCUUUCCGUGGCAUCGUUACCUCCUCUGGUCCUUUGAGAGGGAGCUCAAAAAUACUUGCAGCUACCCGGGGGGUAUUCCGUUUUGGGACUGGACCCAAGACUCUGACGCUCUGGCACACUCUCCCCUGUUGAACGAUCUUCCCGGGUUUGGCGGUGAUGGCAAUUCGCAGUCCAGGUUGGCCAACGGCUCCCAUGGCGCCUAUUGCGUGACCGAUGGCAACUUUGCCAACCACAUGGCCGCCUUUGACUACAUUGCCGGCUACGGCAUCGCCCCUUCUCCCCAUUGUGUCUCCCGUCGCUUUGACCCAGGAGAUCGUGAUGGCCGUCAAGUCGGCGCCCUUGUUUCCCCGUCCGUCAUCUCGGACAUCAUCGCCCUGCCCGACUAUGCGAGCUUUUCCGAGGCCAUGCAGAAGGAGAGUGUAGGGCCAGUUGUUGCUGUCCCCAACUGGAUACAGGGCGACAUGGCCCAGUACACGGCGCCCAACGAUGUGCUCUAUUUCCUCCACUUGGCGCAGCUCGACCGCAUUUGGUGGAUCUGGCAACACCAGGUCACGGCGGCGCGGCUGAAUGACUACAGCGGUCGCCGUCGCAACGACGUGGAUGAUCUCGCGUCAAUUCACGAUAACCUCUCGCUCGGCACUCUUCUGGCACCUGACGUGGAAGUGUCUGAUGCCAUGUGGGGACAAUGGAGCUUCAUGUGCUUUACUUAUUUUCUGUAA